UUCGAACCUACCUUAAUUUGAUGUUGAUGGUGACCCUUCAAGAUGUAGAUCCUUUCAAUUCUACAGGUUCAGGUGAACCGAGGGAGAACUUAACAGAUUUCUCAUCAUUUCCUUCCCAAUGGGCUGGUUGCCUGGGAUCGGUUGACCGGAGUGAAGUUCUGGCCAGGAUUGGAGAUGUUAACUCCUACGAUGUUUCAACUCCACUUCUUCAAUCUCAAUAUGUUCAAAAGCUUCUUCAAAUAUUACAAGAUAUUGUGACAGCUGAGUGUGGAGGUGAACCAAACCAUGCGCUGCUCACCACCUGGAGAUGGAGAAUAUCAGGACUUCUCUCCUUACCGAUAAUUCUUCUUGGUGGAAUCGGAAACAUUCUAUCUAUUAUUGUCUUGGUUCGUAGGUCAAUGAGAAAUGUUUUCAAUAUCCUGAUGUGUAUUCUCUGCUGCGCUGAUCUACUAGUAAUCCUCUCCAACCUAAUCUACACGAUCAAUAUAAUGAGUUCCAACAAGACAAUAUCGAACCUUAUCCCAGUCUCAGAAUCUACUUGUCACGUAGCUCUAGCUGCCAGCGUCUUUCUAACCAUGGUCAUCACAAUAGAGAGACAUCAGGCUGUAUGUAGUCCGCUAGACUACCAACAUAGGGUGAUGACCCGUGGAAUAUAUUCUAUAGUCCAGUUCUACACGCUACCUGUUAUUGCCUGCUCUAUUCUAUUUAACGCAGUCAGAUUCGUCCAGUUCUCUCCACUCUACGCAAUGGUCGAAACAGAUCCUAUAUUUGUAGAGGUUUCAACCUACUCCCAGAUAUUCCAUCCUCUGAUCACAACUGGUCUCAUUCCACUUCUAGUUCUCAGCAUUCUGAACUGGAGGAUACUGAUAAACAGCUGUAGAAGAGUUCACAGAUCCUCUGUACAGCGUGCUGAGCUGAACCUGGCUCGUGUUAUGAUGGUUCUAGUUCUCAGCUUUAUCCUUCUCCAGAUACCCAGGGUUAUCUUAGGGUUCUACGAAGUUUUCAAUAUACCAAACUAUCUCAGAUGUCUCCGCAAGGGAUGCAGAUUCAUCCCGAGUACCUGGCAGUGGAUGGUAGAUAUAUUUGUUCGGUUUCUCACACUUCUCAACAGUUCAAUCAACUUCGCCAUAUACUGCUUCACCGGCUCUAAGUUUCGUGAGAGUUUACGAGAUCUUCUAGGGCUCCCUGAGUCUGCUGGAGGAGCACUAGUUGCCCCUGGUCCUCAAGGGGAAGAAGAUAGAGGUAGAACACAAGCACAUCACAG